AUGUAGUUUACCAUUUCCUUCUCCAGUGCAUUAAGGUUCCUCCUCAUAGCUUCAGAAACAGGAGACAUGCAUUGUUCAAAUAUAUACCUGGGGAAGUUGCCCUUGCCAUCCACCAGUUUCCCUGAACUCACAUGGAAAUAUCAGGAAGAUGAGGAAAAAAGCAAAGCUGGUGUCAGCAAUAUUCCCACCAUCCCCCUUCAUAUGGAGAAAGUCAACCCCCAGGAAUCCCAAGAACUCCAGCCAUGUAAUGAGAUACCCAGAUAUCUGCAUGGUACCAGAAUUGAAGAUUCCACACAAGGACUGGGACCAGGUCCUGUAACAUGAAAACACAGAGUUAAAUUCUCAACACAAAAGACCCAAGUGUCUGCAGACCACCUCAUACGUCCCUUGAAGUGGCAGAGGCUAAAGGACCUCACCCACAGCCUGAGUUCUCCCAUGGAGGCUGAACAGGUCUAUGCAGCUCAGGCCUUGGGUAAACUGAGAAUCAGCAAGACGUUUAUCAUAGAAGCACUCUGGGCCUCGGCCCAGGUAGGUCCUGAGAGAGUGAGGUAUGAAUCCAGCAGAACCCUUGCUCUCCUAGGCUGCCUACAUAAACAUGUGAUCCUGUCUCUCAUUGAACAACUAAAGGGAUGCUCCCUUAGUCGGAGGAUGGACACUCUGAUGGGACUUCAUAUGGCCCUCAAUGCCUGGAUCAUGCUCUCCAAAAACAAGCAGGAGCCUAUAGGGGCCAAGAGCUCGCUGACCAGGGUCCUGAAGUUGCUGGUGUUGGGGAAGAGCCCUACGGACAAUGUGGCCCUGGAGGCAGCUCUGUGCCUGAGCUUCCUUGACCCUGAAAAUUCCAUAGCACGUGAGUUUCUGCUCCAGUGCCUGACCCAAGGAGAAAUGAAGAGAAAGAAAAAGGUGUGGGGCUGCAGACAGGGAGGCUGGGCUGGGGAAUCUUCCAUCACAACCAAGGUUGUCCUUCCUUUGUCCAAGAAGGCCAACACAUGCCCUAGUCCCUUCUGGCUGUGUCUUCCAAUGGGAAAUCAGUCGCACCGGUUAGAAGCCAUCAAACUACUUAAGAUUAUUGGGCUAGAGAAGAUUCAGAAUUUGGGCAUGGAGAAUGACAUUUUUGAGCUACUCAGGUUCAAGGUUCAUAAUGAUCCCUUACAAGAAGUGAGAGAAGCUGUGGCAGAAAUGGUGGAGGUGCUAAAAAUGAAGCCUAUGAUGCUGAACAUCGUGGAGUCGCAGCUUAAUGACGCCAGUGCAUUGGUACGUCACGAGGCUGUCAUAUCCAUCGGUGUUCUGGGCAUCCGCAGCUCACGCAUGUUCUAUUUUCUCAUGGACAUGCUGGACCUGGAAAUGAAUCCAUUGGUAAGAAAAGAGCUGGAAAAAAUAUUCAUUAUCCUAUCCAAGAAAGAUCCCUGGGUCCGGGAAAAGCUUCAGGACUGGAAGCUCCUGGUGGAGGAGGAGUCCAGGCAGGAAAGGGAAAGAAUCCAGACUUUGAAGCUUCAAAAGAUGAAGAGGGACCUCCAGGACCAAAAGAAAUCUCUGUGUGAAAGCCUGGGCCCCUUGAUCCCUCUAAAGAUGGUUCAAUCUAAGAAGGCCAUGUCUGAAAAAGGAAAGUCCAUCCUUAGUGUUCCUAUCAAAGGCAUGGCUUUAGCCUCCCACUACCCCCCCUGCAUCAAAUUCCUUGAAAAAAAAGAUCAUUCCAUUUCCAAGGGAUACUGGGAUUCCCCAGUCAUCAGGAAGCACUUCAAGAAUCUUGCUUCCCACUGA